UCAGAUGACUGUCAAAUUAAGAGCAAUGUCAAAUUGUCAAAUCAAAAAUAUAACCUCAUCUUUAUGAUGCAAUUCAGAAUACUCAAUAAUAAAACAAUGUUUACCAAGUGAAUACACGUAAUUUAAUUUAUAUUAUUUGUGCUACUGCCACCUGAGAUGGGUGCCUUAGUGACCAAAGCUUUGAGACCCAUAAAAACCUUUAACAUUGAAAAUCGCGCUCAUCGUGAGAUUGCUAAAGCCAAACCUACCCCGGCUCCUAAAUAUCCUGAAAAUAUAGCAGAUUUACAACGUACAUUAGAAGCGGAUCCAAAUAUAGACGAAAAACUCGAUAAAAAAGAUGAAGAGCUCGAUAAAAGAUUAAAAGAUGUUUAUGUAACCUCAUUUGGAAGGCCAGAGGAUGAUAUUACGCGUGAAAAGCAGACUAAGCAUAAGACUUUACGGCCAUUGCCACAGGAUCGCAAAAUGCCGGAACAAUAUGACUUUGGUUUCAAGGAGCCCGAGAGAAUACCGUACGGGCGAACUACUCUUCGAGCUGCUAUAAACUUUAUAGCAUCUCACCAAGCGAAUCCCGAGGAAGUGACGGCGGCUAAGAUAGCUCUAGAGUAUAAACUAAAGGAGGAGGAUGUGCAUAGUAUACUUAAGUAUUACAAGACUUAUGAGGUUUACAUACCAGAGACAAAGACGUCACCGGCCAUGUUUGCUGGCCCGGCUCAAAUGAGGAAACAGUUGUACAAACUUGAUACUAAGGAAUUAGAAGAUAGUAAAUCGAAGGAAGAUGCCUCCACUGCUCAAGAAAAUGUGAAAGCUAAGGAUGCAGUCUAGUUACCAUUUAGUGACAUUACAUUAAAUAAAUUCACCAGAAUAAUUACCUCAACAUGUUAGUGGAGUAUGGAGUGGAGCCUUUAAGAACAAAUUGUUGGAUUAUUUAUUAGAUAUUUGUAUUAAGAUAUACUUUGUAGGUAUAUUAUGUUGUGAGCUUAGGUUUAUGCCUGGAUUUUCAAACCUAACUGCUAAUUAGGUUUGACUUAAAACACUUAUGAGAAUAACCAAAUAAUAAAAUAAUGAAUUUCUUAUAAAAAAAUAUUUAUUUUUGAGUUUUACUUCUGUUUCUGUUAUGUAUUUCAGCUGCAUCAUGUUAGGUAAUUAUUACAUAGUACAUUAUUAUCAUUAAAUAGAUAAUUUAUCUUAUUAUAAUAAAGAUGUUGAUAGCAAUAUCUAGGUCAAUGUGAUUUAGUAGUUAGAAGAAAUAAAUGGUUUUGUUUUCAUC